CACGGCGAAUGGCCCCGUGACGAAAAGUCACCCGCGUGCAUUCCGAGUAAACAGUGAAUAGAAUAUUCCUCGAUUGGAUCCAUGGCUGCCUCCGUCAACGGCCGCGAGUUCUCAGGAGAAAAGGACAACACCAUUCUGUCGCGAAACGACCGUCGAAUGAGAUAGGCCCUGUUUCUACCUAUGUAUAUGCUCAUUUCAGCUUCGCGACUGGAGCCUCUAUGAGUCACAGACACACCCUGCCUGGCAGCCUAGAAUCUCAGGUUCGACGUCAACAUACGGUGCACCCUUGGAUACCCCAUAUCUGGGCAUCUUGGCACCAGUAUAUAUAUGGGGACCACAUCUGCCCAUUCCUACCUCAUCUCGAGAACCCCCCUCGUCGUCGCCGUCGCCUUCUGCGACAGAGUUGGGCAGUAAUCAAUACAGGACCGAGGGACCCGGCCUCGACCUGGUCACGCAUCGGCCUUAGGUAUCGAGGCGCGACCGUAUAGCAACCAUGGCGCGGAUUAAGAUGACCAGCAUCCCCGUCGAGAGCUCUUGGCGGAUGGUCGAGGGCGGCGAGAAUGACAGUUUCGAUACUAGCAUAGUUCAGGACCCUCUGGACGACGACUUUCUCCUGUCGAGCCAGUCGCAGCAGACCCAGCCUUCCCAAUCGUCCCAGGGCUUGGGCUUCGGGUCUCAGGACAGCAUAAGCGACUUCGUCGACAAGGCGGACGACGAUCACCUCAUCCUGCGCUCCCCCUUCUACCCGUCACUUUCUUCGACGCGGCGCGUCUCCGUCGACAAAGACCGCACCCCCGUCCCCGAGUUCUUCAUGCCGUCUGUCGAUGUCAGUAGCCAGCAAAGCGGCGCGUACCGAUCGCCGAGGGCUGCUCAUCCUAGCCUCCAGAAUGAGCCGCAGUUCGUCAGGAGGAGAGGCAACCGUCCCGAGGCCAACACGAGGCCGUUCAACGCCACCCAAAAUAGUCCUCACAAUCAGCAACCACAUGCUACUUCACUCAUCGAUAGGUUCACGACAUCCGUCCCCGAAGUUUUAUUCAACUUCGCAGCGUGGAUGUUUUCUACGUUUACCAUGGCUUUCCGCUACGCGCAAUGGCCACUAGCCAUCAUCCUCGCCCUGUACCUUAUCAUUGGCGCCUGCAUUCUAGCGAAGGACACUCUCGUCAGCUCGAUCUCAUCACCGUUAGCCCCGUUAUGCCGGAUACCUGGGGUGUCGCUAAUGGGCCUCCCAUUUUGCGCAAACGCACGACCGGAGCCGCCGAAUGGGCCCUCGACCUCGGGCAGUGUCGAGUUCGACGAGCUCAUGAACGUGCAAGCCAACUUCGAGAAGGUGCUCGAGGAUUCGGCGUCGGGCGUUUCACUACCCAUGGAGAUGAAGCGAUCCGAGGCGUCCGUCCGAGACUUGCGCACCAUGGUCAAAUACAGCGACCUACCCACGCGUGACGAGAUGGUUCUCGAGUUCGACAACUACAUCGACCACGUGCGCACCAGCGCCAACGGUCUGCAGAUGUUUAACACCCACGUCGGCGGUGCGGUGGACAGCGUCAUUAGCAUUAACCGGUGGACCUCGCGAUACAUCGACUCCAUCGCCGCCCACCGCGAGGAAAACAACAACGCGUUGGCGCGCAUCACCGGCUGGCUAUUCUCUCCCUUCCAGCCGUCUGUCUUUGACGAGCGUGUGCUCUUCAACAAAUACGUCGAGCACACGGCCCUGGUAUCGGAGAAGAUCGCGACGCUCAUCGUCGAAGCGCAGGCCGUGCUGCGCCAGCUCCAGGGGGCGGAGAACAGCCUCCAGCUGAUCAACGAGCACGUCGUCCGCGACGGCAACUUCGUCAAGGAGAAGCAGUCGCAGAUCCUGUGGGACAUUUGGACGAUCGUCGGCGGCAACCGGCGGCAGCUGCACAACCUCAACGCGCAGCUGAAGCUGCUGUUCCGGGUGGAGACGCAGCGGAACUCGGCGGUGCAACAGCUUACCGCCCUGAUCCACGACCUGAUCGACAUCGAGACGAAGCUCGGCGACCUGCGGGACCGCGUGGCCGCGCCGGAGCUGGUGGCCAACCAGGCCAUCAUACCGCUGAGCGUGCACAUCGAGACCAUUAACGCUGGCGUCGAGAGGCUUGAGAGCGCGCGGCGCCGGAUCCGGGCAGAGGAGAACGAGCGGCUGCAGCAGGUGCUGGCGAGGGCGAGAGAGAACGACAGAUUGAUCGACGGCUAGCUAGAGGUAGGUAGCUACCUAGGAGAAUAGUUCCCGCUUCCCUCCCCGACGGCCACGCGGACACUCGAGUGGUUGGGAAGGACGGGAGACGGCAGCGAGGGUCAAGGAAAUCGGAGUCUGGGAGUUUGUUAUCGCGGUUCACGGCGGGACGGGUGGGUUACCAGGGCGGGUUGGGUUACGAGGUCCUGGCCGCCUCUCAUCGGCAACGGCUCGAGAAGAAAGAGUAGACUUAACAGAAGUACAAAAAUAAUGAGUAUAUUCCGAAGA